GCAGCCGCCAUCGUCAAACCAGCCGUUACCUUUUCCGCCUCCUCUACAUUCUCAAUCCAAUCCUAUAGAUCUCACUGGCGACGACGACAAUGAUAACGACUGUUACACGCGAUGCGAUAGAAAGGCAAAACGAAUGUGCUCCGAGAGCCGUGCUUUCAAUGCUGCCCACGAUGUCGCUCACAGUCUCGGACACCUGCGUGUCCAACCUCAUCACUCUGGCCUAUCCCCCGCCAUGUCCUCCUCUUCUCUACAGCCAGAAUCACAUCCCCCAUCGUACUCUAUGUCGAGGUCUGGUUCAUUGAUGAACUCUCCCCCUCAGCCUGCUGAUACUACAUUACGACCUGCGUUUAUGGGACCUUCCAAUUCCUCCGCUUUCUUCCCCAGAACCCCUGCUGUUCAGAUAGUGCCUACUGCACUCGCUGCUCCUCAGGCUCAGCUUGGUUCUCAGCCGCAUCGGACAGCACAGGACCGAGUAUCACAAGAGCCACAGCCAUCCCAAGGGCAACUGCCGACUGCCCCCCGCCAGGUGAUAGAUCUUACCAGUUCGCCGUCACCGCCCCCAACAGCACGGCAAUCUUCUCAACAAAUCAUGCAGAUGGCACAACCCUCAAACCCUCCGCCACAGCCGUCGUUACCGGACGAGCUACCUCCAAAGACUCCCGUCUGCAUUGGACAGUUAACCGUGACCGCGCUCGUCCUUUAUCCCGUUCCAUACCUUCAACCCCAAUGCGGGCCUAAUUCUGCGGAAGCGGAAUGGGCGCCGGUUCGCAUGAAUUACGAGCAUAACGCUUCGAAACCUGAGAACCGUGAUACCAUUCACAUUCGGACGCCGAACAUGAGCAGGCCCGAUGGUCAGGUCAUACCAGGCGAGAACUUUGGUGUGGUCGAGCAGAAGGUUGCCAACUACCUGGGCCCUAUGCUGGGGAAGGGACUGAUACGACUAGAUGGGAAAGUCCGCAGAGGCCCUCCAAACUUACCCAUACUGCCGCUAUCGCUUCUGGUAUUCACACCGAAAGGUAACAUCAUUGUGGUGGCCAAUUAUCUCCACUCCCGCGGUUUAUUCUUGGACCACCCGUCUUUGCCGUCAGAUGUCCAGCGUUUGCGCACUCAGUAUUAUCACAACCCUCAUAAUCCCCCUCCGGGCGGCCAUAGACAAGCCCUUCUCAGUUACCCAGGAAAUGCUGGUGGCAGUGUAGGACGGUUAGACAGGAUGGGGAAGAGUGUGGAGGUGCAGAGAAGUCAAGUGGAUGAGCUAUUCAAGAGUAUGAAGGACGGAGAAGAGUUGCCGGAGACCGACCCUCCCCCGGAGAUAGCUACGAAGCUCUAUCCGCACCAGAAGAAGGCUCUCACCUUCUUGCUUGAGCGCGAAUGCGAGCGGCCCGGAGCGACGAGCAGCUCCCUCUGGCAGGAACGGUACAAUCCCAUCAGCAAAGAACGCUCAUGGCAUCAUCUCAUCACGCAGAAGGAGCUCUUUGAAGAGCCACCGCCAACCAAGGGUGCUAUCUUGGCAGACGAUAUGGGUUUGGGGAAAACCAUAUCCUGUGUGGCUCUCAUUGCUGCUACGCUGAAGUCGGCAUGGAAUUUCGCGGCCACGCCACUGGACCCACCUCAGCCGCCCGAAUCCGCCCUGAAUCCCGAGCAUUUUUCCGGUAGCGUUUGGGGUAUGCCCCUACCUGCGGUCGAACCAACUUCCGGGAAGGGUAAAGCGAAGGCGGCGAAACAGAACGACAAGCUGGAGGCAGAAUACACGCGCAUGUGUCGGUUGAAGACCAGGUCGCGUGCGACCCUUAUCGUGUGCCCCCUUUCCACGGUUGCUAACUGGGAAGAGCAGUUCCGAGAGCAUUGGCGUGGUGAAGUGGAAGUUGUGGGAGGUUCUGGGGGAAUUUGCUCGACGACGGCGGCACCCGCUGUGCCUCCAGCACCGUCUCCUUCCCAGCCCUCUACUUCUUGUCUGCCCGAAGCUAAGGCGGUCGCUCCUCGUGUACGCGAGGGCAAGCCACUCCGCGUCUACGUCUACCAUGGUAACGCCAGGAAGCCGGAUCCCACCUUCUUAGCGGACUUUGACGCGGUUAUUACGACGUAUUCAACGCUCGCCGUGGAAUAUUCCAAACAGGCGAAGAGCUCAGAGUGUGCUGAUGAAGACGAUGAAGAAGGCAGCAGUGGUGAGGGCUGUGUCGAGACCGACGAGCGAGGCAACCAGAUUAUCAAGCUGCCGAAGCCUAAAAAAGCCGUAGUGAAAAAGAGGAAGAAGACCGCUUGCGGGAGCGCCGUGGAAGCGAGCAGUCCUCUGCAGAGCGUCUAUUGGUUAAGGGUAGUGCUUGACGAGGCUCACUCGAUCAAGGAAGUCAGCACGGUCGCGUGUCGCGCCUGCUGCGAUUUGAUCGCCGACCGUCGUCUCUGCUUGACCGGUACUCCAGUCCAGAACAAGCUUGAUGACGUCUACGCGCUGCUCAAAUUCCUGCGCCUGGAGCCCUUUGACGAGAAGGCAGUCUGGACGGAGUACAUUGGCAGCCCUGUAAAGUACGGGCAGGUCCUUGGGGUUGCACGAUUGCAAAGCAUCAUGCGGUGUGUAACCCUCCGCCGGACGAAGGAGUCCAAGGCCGAGAACGGCCAGAAGAUCCUCGAUCUACCGCCACGUCGUGAUGAACUCAGGUUCCUCAAGUUCGACGAGCAUGAGCAAUCAAUCUACGAUCAGUUCUUCAACGAAUCCAAGGCCGAAUUCAAAGAGCUGUCGAAUAAGAAUGAGGUCAUGAAGAACUACGUCGGUAUCCUGCAGAAGAUCCUCCGUCUGCGCCAGAUCUGCGACCACUACGAGCUCGUCAUGAACAAGGGUCUCGGUCUCGUCGGCGAUCUUCAGUCUGGCGAGGCUCCGAACUGGGAGGAACUCACCAAGGUCAUCAGCAAGGAGGGCAUCGACAUGAACCGUGCGGCAGCGGUGUUCUCACUCCUUCGCGAAGCUGGUACAGCCCAGUGCGUCGACUGCGGGUACGAAUUAGGCAUCCCGUCCGAGGACGCAGAGGACGCUUGCGGGUCCUGUGACAGCGAGCCAGCGAGGCGGGGGCGCAAGCCAAAGACCGCGGCAGCGUCGCGCGCAUCCACGCGUCAGAACAGUCCCUCCAACGUUGCGCACGCGAUCAUCACCCGCUGCCAGCACCUCUUCUGCGUGGGCUGUUUCCGCAAUUCGUGCAGCCCGGGCUGGCCGAACGUGCAGCCGGACACGAAGCGAUCCUGCGCGGUGUGUCAGGCGCCGCUCGCUCCGAACGACGCGGUUGGCUUCGUGCCGACCGCGCUCGCGGACGGGCUCGCGAAGAAGAAGCCGGCGAAACGUGUGCAGCGGCAGAAGGGCGUCGCGACGUUCGACAACCUGGUGAUGUCGACCAAGAUACGUGCGCUCCUCGCGGACCUCAUACAGUCCUCGAGGGGGAACCCGCACUCGGCGAACUACGACCCGACCUCGGUCGACGUCCAGAUGGUGGACAGUGAAGGCAACAACAUUGACGAUGGCGGCGUCAAGACUGUGGUCUUUUCGCAAUGGACGUCGAUGCUGGACAAGAUCGAGGACGCGCUCGAGGCUGCGAACAUCAAGUACGACCGCCUCGACGGUACGAUGAAGCGCGAGGAGCGCACACGCGCAAUGGAGGCCCUGAAGCACGACCCCGCCUGCGAGGUCCUGCUCGUGUCGCUCAAGGCUGGAGGUGUCGGACUCAACCUCACGGCAGCCCAACGGGUGUACCUCAUGGACCCGUAUUGGAAUCCUGCAGUGGAGAACCAGGCCGUCGACCGUAUCCAUCGACUUGGCCAGACUCGCCCGGUCACGACCGUCAAGCUGAUCAUCGAAAAGUCGAUCGAGGACCGGCUGCUCGCCGUGCAGCGGAAGAAGACCGAGCUGGCGAACAUGACGCUGAGCCAGAACUACAGCAAGGCCGAGAUCCUUCAGCGGCGCAUGGAGGAGCUCAACCAGCUCUUCGGCGGCUAAGCCACUCAUUUUUGUCUGUCGUGUUCGUUUUACUUUUCACUUGGGAUGUCUCUAUAUCUUGCUUUGCACCAUGUAGCUAUUCGAUCUGCUCUGCUCUCUUAGAUUAAACGAGGACUAUCGUAACGUUAUUACUCUGUGUAAUAUAUCUGUCGUAUAGUACUGAGUACAGGGGAAACCAGUCCGAGGCCUGAGGUUAGAAAGCGAAGUAGGCCGCGUUCUUGCGGCGCCCGAGCGCGUACACGAGGAUCUGCGCGACGAAGAGGCCGAUCGUGACCCCGGACGCGACCUGGAUCAUGCGCAGCCCGAGCUGGAACGUGUCAGAGUACUGCUCGGCCGCGGUUCGGUAGUUGGAGAUGAGGCCGCCGCCGCUGCCGAUGGCCGACGGGACGAGGAAGAGGACGCCGGUGAUCAUGGACGUGAAGGCCGUGCCGCCGCCGAGGCGCGACCAGAUGUUGCCGCAAAGGCCGAUGACGACGGCGCCGGCGGCGGAGAUGACGGAGAGGUGGUCCGAGACGUAGAGCGUGACGGCCUUGGUCGUCGCGUACGCGGCGCACGCGAAGGCGACCAUGACCGGGAGCUGCAUGCUGCGCACGCGCUGCAGGUUCGCGAGCGAGGAGCACGUCGCGUACACCGGCACGAGGAAGAGGAGC